AAAAAACUCCGCAAUCCUCUGCUCCCCACAGGCUGAGCACCAUAAGGGACUGCUAUAUUUGAGGCUGUCAGGAGGAUGGUCGGGAGAGACUGAGAGUCAGGGCGAGGGAGAGACUGUGCCACAGCAGCGAUUACUUAAAAGGAGACCUACUACUUUUUGAUUCAGUUCAGCUCCUGGGCAUCAUCACUUUUCAUUCAUACAAGAACUAUUUUGUGGAGAUCAUUUCUGUUUUGAAGCACAACAGGAGAGUUGAGGCUAAGCUUUAAUGAAGAAACGUCAACGUUGCUAACAAUUGCGCGAAGAGGGACUGAAGACCUUUGCGACCAAUGAUGUGGUUGUCAUGGAAACUGUUUCUGUUUCUGUCGCUCACUGGGUGUCUUUCAGAAUAUUCAGAAGCUGUUCCUGGCCUCCCCACUUCAUAUGCUGCUAUCCUAAGAAUUAAAUCCGGUAGCUCAUCUUUAGCCUCAUUUAAUUCAAAGAGCAGACCACGAUUAAGCAGCCCUUCAUUAGGAAGCGUAUCUUCCCCAGGCUGGAGAGGAGCUGCACAACAUUAUCACUCUCCAACAAAUCUUUACCACUUUUCAGAGGCGUUCAAGCAUGAUGAAAGUGUUGAUUAUGGACCAGUAUUUGUACAAGAGCCAGAUGAUGUGAUUUUUCCCACUGAUUCAGAGGAGAAGAAAGUGUCUCUGAAUUGUCAAGCUCGUGGAAAUCCUGCUCCCACAUACAGAUGGCUUCGAAAUGGAACUGAAAUCAACAUUGAGAGUGACUAUCGCUACAGUUUAAUAGAAGGAAGCUUGAUCAUCAGUAACCCCAGUGAAAUGAAGGAUUCUGGACAGUAUCAGUGUUUAACUACCAACAUGUUUGGCAGUAUAUUAAGCAAAGAGGCCUUUCUUCAGUUUGCAUAUUUGGGGAAUUUUAGCGGUCGGACAAGAAGCGCUGUCUCUGUGCGUGAAGGUCAAGGAGUUGUUCUGAUGUGCUCCCCACCGCUUCAUUCGCCAGAAAUCAUCUAUAGUUGGGUAUUUAAUGAAUUCCCAUCUUUUGUGGCAGAAGAUAGCAGACGCUUCAUCUCUCAGGAGACGGGCAAUCUCUACAUCUCCAAGGUGCAAACAUCUGAUGUUGGCAGCUAUAUAUGCUUGGUAAAAAACACAGUGACAAAUGCCAGAGUUUUGAGUCCUCCUACACCUUUGACACUGAGAAACGAUGGUGUGAUGGGGGAAUAUGAACCAAAAAUUGACCCUGUUCCAACAAUCUCGUGGAGGAAAGUUAAUGGUCAUAAUCCAAGUAAAGCCCGCCUGAGAAAAUCCCAAGCUGUGCUUGAAAUACCUAAUGUGCAGCUAGAGGAUGCAGGGAUGUAUGAAUGUAAAGCUGAAAACUCACGUGGAAGGAAUGUCUUCAGAGGACAGCUGCAAGUGUACACCUACCCACAUUGGGUGGAGAAACUUAACGAUACUCAGUUAGACAGUGGAGAUCAACUCCGUUGGGAAUGUAAAGCCACUGGAAAACCACGGCCCACAUAUAGCUGGCUGAAAAAUGGAGUUCCUCUCUGGUCACAGAGCAGAAUUGAGAUGCUUAAUGGUGUACUGAUGAUCCACAGUGUGAAUCUGUCAGAUGCUGGAAUGUAUCAGUGCUUAGCAGAGAAUAAGUAUGGCACCAUUUAUGCCAGUGCAGAGCUGAAGAUUUUAGCUUCAGCUCCCACUUUCCCGUUAAAUCAAAUGAAGAAAACAAUUAUUAUUACCAAAGGCCAAGAAGUUGUUAUCGAGUGCAAACCACAAGCUUCUCCAAAGCCAACUAUCACUUGGAAGAAAGGAGACAAAGCACUAAGGGAGAGUAAGAGGAUAACUAUUCUUCCAUAUGGGAGCCUGCGAAUCCUGAAUGCUUCCAAAUCUGAUGAAGGACAAUAUUUAUGUCAAGGUGAAAAUGUAUUUGGGUCUGCAGAAAUUGUUGCAUCAGUAUCUGUAAAAGAACCUACAAGAAUAGAGCUGACUCCCAAGAAGACAGAGCUAACGGUUGGAGAAAGCAUUGUCCUCAGUUGCAAAGCCAUUCAUGACAAGACUCUAGAUGUCACCUUCUAUUGGACACUCAAUGGGCAGCCAAUUGAUUUUGAAAAGCAAGGUGGACACUUUGAAAGCAUCAAGGCACAAGCAUCCUCGGCAGAUUUAAUGAUCAGAAACAUCCUUCUGGUGCACGCUGGGCGAUAUGGCUGCAGGGUACAGACCGCAGCAGAUACGGUAUCCGAUGAGGCAGAGCUGCUUGUUCGAGGUCCUCCAGGUCCCCCCGGGGUUGUGAUAGUGGAGGAAAUUACAGACACCACAGCAACACUCUCCUGGAGUCCUGGAGCUGACAAUCAUAGCCCCAUCUCCCUCUACAACCUGCAAGCACGCAGUCCAUUUUCACUUGGCUGGCAGACUGUAAAAACAGUUCCCGAUGUCAUAAGUGGUGAUAUGGAAUCUGCAGUGGCUAUUGAACUGAACCCUUGGGUGGAGUACGAGUUUAGAGUUGUCGCGACUAACAAAAUUGGGACUGGUGACCCAAGUGUGCCAUCCCGAGUGAUCAGAACCAACGAAGCAGUUCCAAAGACACCUCCAGCUAAUGUAAGUGGCAGAAGUGGAAGGCGACAUGAAUUAGUAAUAGCAUGGGAGCCAGUAUCAGAAGAGUUUCAGAAUGGAGAAGGAUUUGGAUAUAUUGUAGCUUUCAGACCCAAUGGAACACGAGGUUGGAAGGAAAAAAUGGUGACAUCUUCAGAUGCCUCAAAGUUCAUCUACAGAGAUGAAAGUGUGCCACCUCUGACUCCUUUUGAGGUGAAAGUUGGCGUUUACAAUAACAAAGGAGAUGGUCCAUUCAGCCCUAUUGUGGUCAUCUGCUCAGCCGAAGGAGAACCCAGCGCUGCUCCCAUCGAUGUCAAAGCCACGAGUUUAUCUGUAUCAGAGAUUCUUGUUGCGUGGAAACAUAUUAAAGAAAGUCUAGGAAGACCACAGGGAUUUGAGGUUGGUUACUGGAAGGACAUGGAGCAGGAAGAAGCAGCAGAAAAAGUCAAAACUGAGGGAAAUGAAUCAUCCAUCCUGCUGACAGGAUUAGAAGGAAACACGUUGUAUCACCUAACCGUGAGGGCAUACAAUGCUGCAGGAUAUGGACCACCGAGUACUGCUGUGCGUGCAGCAACCAAGAAGUCCCCUCCCAGCCAAGCACCAAGCAAUAUUAUGUGGAUACAGGAUGGCUCUCACGUGUCUCUUGGAUGGGAGCCAGUCAGACCUCUAGCGAAUGAAUCUGAUGUAAUGGGAUACAAGGUGUUAUUUAGGCAAGAAGGCCAGAGCAACAGUCAAGUCAUAGAAACAGAGAAAACUUCUGCAGUGGUACUCCUUCCUGAUGUUGGUGUCUAUAUUAUUGAGGUGUGUGCAGUCAGUGAAGGAGGGGAUGGGACUGCUAGUCCCCAGAUCAGAGUUCCAUCUUUUUCAGGAGGAAAAGUAACAAGUGCUCAAUCCACUUUACAUGCAUUCUCUACUUCCUCAUCCUCUGUAACAUUGCUUUUGGCACUGGUGGUUCCUUCAGCCUCAUGGUGAAGACUGCAGACUUUGUUGUUGUUGUUGUUUGUUUGCUUUAGCUUGAUGACACCCAGGGAUGGAGUUUUAUGUCUGUGGAGAAACUGGUAACCCAAGCUAAUGCUCAAAGACCCAUAGAAAUACCUGUGGAGCACUUCGAGGAGUGCUGGGGACAUGGUCAAUAACUCAUCAGGUUUUUUUCUCUUCAGUUUUUUUAAAAAGUCCUCUGGGGAGGGGACACUUACUGGCCCAAAAAUAUGCAGAUUGUAUGUAAUAAACUUUUGUAAGCCAAUGUAAUUUCUGUCAAAUGUACUUCACUUUUUUAAUAUGUUUAAUUUGGUGACCCCAGUCAUGUAUCAUUAGGUGUUUGAACAGUGGUGUCUAGUACUGUACAUCUGUUUGGUUUGGAAAAAAAUCUUUUUUAAAAAAAGACAACAAAAUUUGGUAUAGCUUUGUCUAUUGCUUUUGUUGCAUCCCCUAAGGUUGACUGUUCCCACUAACAGGACAGUAGGAGAGAAAAAUAUACUUCAGCUAUAUAGCUCACUCCAAAAGUACAGAGAAUUUGUUCUGAAAAAGUAUUAAUACAUAUUAAAUUAGCAGUUAAUUAAAUUAGAGAGUGAGAAAAUGGAGCAGAAAAGAAGCUAUUUGUCUUAUUGCAAGGUACCCUGAAAUGAUUAAAUACAAACUUAAAAGGAAAAAAGUGCAAUUGUUUUCAUCCAAUAUCAUGUGAUUUAAGGUCAAAGGAAUCAAAUAUUUAUUUUCAAUAGUAAAUACAAAGUCUAUUCCUAAUGCAUAUGGCAAUGAAAUAUCCACUGGGCAUUUAAGCAUAAUAUAUGCUAGCUGCUGAGUGGACAAAUAAAACAAUGCAAGCAGAUACACCUUUUCCACCUUUUCCAACCACUUUUCAGUCACAAACACUUCUUUUCCUCUGGGUUCAUUUUUAAGUAAAAUUAUAUACUUUUUAUAUUUGGUAAUUAAGCUAAAGUAUAUAUAUGACACCAUAUUAUGAAGAGAACAUUAACUUUUUAUGGAAUGUAGCCAUUCACACAUACAGACUCCAAUAGGAUAUGUUUUGGAGAAUGGUGUCACCUAAAAAAUGCUUGGAGUAGCAUUACUGAGCAUCAUCCCAGUUAUUUAGUUAACUGGUUCUAUUUCUAGAGCUCACUAGGUAGAGAUUGUCCUUGUAGGGACUGUGUGCUAUCAGUUUUAAUUCCUAAUCUUCUUUGCUGUACCAAACAAUUUUCCACUCUACAGACAAUUUGGACAAUUUUUCUACAUUUAAAUUAGAACGAUCCCCAGUGUAGAUGGUGUGCGUGUUUGUACAAUAUGGUGUGUGUGGUGUUAUGAGGGAGGGUAUUUUGCUACCAUCCGUCUAGGGAUUGUGCCUAGGGCAAACAUUCCCUUGUCAGGGAAAAAUCAAGUGUAUGAUGCUCAAAACAGUUUAACAGAUAAGUCUUAAUAGUGUAGUUCUUCUAGCUGUCCGUCCCUCUAAUAGAUUUGAUGCAGAUCUGUUUCGAUUGAUGGGUUCUGUGACAAAAAUGUUAUUUUUUGUUAGCUUCACAGUACACUCCAACUGUGCCCUAUCUUAGCACCUUUAAAACAGUAGCCAAGAAAGUAGGAUGCAGAUAAUGUGCUUGGUAGGUAAAGCUGACUGACAACUAAAUUAUUUUUGUGUUUUGAAUGUUACCAAUAGACUUUUUCAGAGAUGAUUCAGCUCAUAUCUUUAUAUCCACUAAUAAUAUUAAAUCAAAUCCAAAAAAGAGGUAUUAAAUGUAAUAAGUCACAACACUUACGUGGAAGCGAAGGCAAGGUGGCUAGCUGAGCAUGGACUGCUGUGUAGUUACAGACAGAAGACGACCUUCUGUAUCUCUGCUUCUGGAACAGCAGUUUGAGAUCAGAGAAGGAAGGUGGAAUGUACCUUGCUGAUAGAGUAAACUCAAAAAAAAAAAAAAAUAGCUGCAUGCUGUGGUGUGCAAAACAGCAACAUUUCCAUUGUGUGGAGAACUUGCGUUAGCAGACCGUCAUUUUUCAGAAGAUUAAAAUCAACAAGAAUAAAAUGAUGAACCAAAAAGCAAAAUGGCUAUUUUAUAAAUCAGUUAAGCAUAAUUCCCUCUAUUUUUUAUACAGUUGCUUGCCAAUGCAGUUCAUUUCAGAGUAUUCAAAAAGGUUACAGUCACUGCUGGUGGCACGUUGGUUAAACAGCUUUGCGAAUACAAAAAAUGGUUAUGCUUUGUAAAACGAAUGAAACUCUGAUAAAGAGAUAGAGCUGCAUCCUGCUAUAUCUCAAUCUGUGGUAUCAAAAUAUAGAUAAAAAUACUGAACGUACCAUCAGGUAAUGUAGUUGUAUUGCAGGGACAAAAAGGGGUAUGUUUUAUAUUCAGUAUGAACAGAAUAUGUAUUUUGCAUCUUAAAUAUAUUAAUAAACAUGUUUAAAAUGUUUAAGUACCUACGUAUUACAUCUCUGUUACUUUGUAGAAGAAAGUGUUUCCUUAUCAUGACAUUUUGCGUUUUAUUUCUUUGCUGCAAUAGAGAGCUUUUCUUUUUCUUCAUGUAAAAGAUUGUAAUAGUGCAGUCUAGCAUCAUUGAGGAGACUGUAUUUUUGUAUAUGCCACAAGACAUGUUUGGGGAAAAAUGGUUAGGAAAAAACUUUGUUUGCUGACCAGAAGACAGAUACUGUUAGCCCAUAUCAAAAUGUUAGAUAUAUUGUAUACAAUCUGUAUAUAUGCUAUAUAUAACGAUAUAUACUACGUGGAAAACACAGUAAUAUAAUAGUUCCUGUGUACUGUUCUUGUAACAUUAGAUCUUUUUAAUAAAUAAUUCUCUUUUUAUUGACUUUUACCUUA